AUGGUCACGACGGCGGUGGGGACUCUGCUGACUCUUCUUGUGGCCAUGGCUGGCGUCAGCCAGGCUCUUCGGGGGCCGAGAAGUCCGGGGGCCGCCGACAACACUGACGGUGUCGACGUCCUGGCCGGCGCCUCGUCGGAGAACACGGCCGACCGCCUGCUGAGCCUGAGUGACAGCUUAGAUAAUGGGGUGGAUGAUCAUCUGCUGAUCUCAGUGUUGAGAUCUCUGCUGCUGGGAUCUCAAAGAGACACCAGAAACUCUGUUCUCCAUCAGCCACAGAGAUUUGGCCGUGAGUCUCAGGGACAGAUAACGGCUGAGGAACGGAUACAGUCACGUGACUGGGAAACGGCUCCGGGCCAAAUCUGGAGUAUGGCCGUGCCACAGAGAUUUGGCAGGAAAUAG